AUGAUGAUAACGGGAAAAUUUCGAUGUGCGUGUCCGACACUUCUUAUUUUUUUUCUGCUUUAUGUAGUGUACUUUGCCGUUCCCACUGCUGCCUUUGGCGGGAGGGGAAAGGCAGGCGCACGUGCUCCUGCGGAAGAAGAAGAAGAGGUGGACUACUACGCUGUGCUUGGCUUGACUGAAAAUGCCGCGGAGAAGGAGGUGCGGCAAAAGUUUCGUGAACUCUCCCGCAAGUACCACCCUGACGUGGCCAAGACUGAGGAGGCCAAGGCGAUGUACGGCAAGAUUAAUCGCGCGAAUGAGGUGCUCACUGACAAGAAGAAGCGUCGCAUGUAUGACAUGCGUGGUGAGGAGGGUCUGCGGCAGCUGGAGCGGGCGUUGGCACAGAACGAACAGGGACAUUCCAUGGAUCCUUUUGCUCGGUUGUUUGGCAUGGGUGGCGGUGGAAACUUGCGGGGGUCUGAUUCGCAGAGCACACUGCACGUUGAACUUGAAGAUGUAUAUAAAGGGACUCAGAGGUCAGUUGUGCUGGGGAAGCAAAAAGUUUGUACAAAAUGUAAAGGUACCGGUGCUUCCCGGGGCAGUGGUGUAACCACGUGUUCCCACUGCCGUGGUCAUGGUGUUGUUAUUCAGCGUCUCCAGCUCGGUCCGGGCAUGUACCAGGACAUACAACAGGCAUGCCCACACUGUCAGGGACAAGGCCGCAUCGCAAAGCACAAGUGCCCUGCAUGUAAUGGCAAGAAGGUUGUUCGCGGCGAGGUGACGCUGACGAUAGAUAUUGAGCA